AUGAAUGGCAGCAGGUUUGAUGGGGACAGGUUUGGGUUUGAUGAGGACAGGUUUGGGUUUGAGAAGGACAGGUUUGGGUUUGAGGAGGACAGGUUUGGGUUUGGCGGGGACAGGUUUGGGUUUGAUGAGGACAGGUUUGGGUUUGGCGGGGACAGGUUUGGGUUUGGCGGGGACAGGUUUGGGUUUGAGGAGGACAGGUCUGGGUUUGAUGGAGACAGGCUGGAGACAGGCUGCAGGGUUCGGUCUGUUUGGGGUUUUAACGUUGGAACUGCCUCUGCGAAAGUGUUCUCUGGACCUGCAGCCGAACAAUUUGGCUACACUGUGCAACAGUUUCAAAGUCAGCAAAGCAAAUGGCUGCUGGUGGGGUCACCGUGGAGUGGACACCCACGGAACAGGCAGGGUGACGUGUACAGGUGUCCUGUCUCUGGCCCCACGACCAACUGUGACAGACUCAACCUUCAGAACUCCGUCAGAGUGCCGUCAGUCGACAACACCGUCACCAACAUGAGCCUGGGGUUAACUCUCACACCAACACCAAAAAACAGAGGCUUCAUGACAUGUGGGCCACUCUGGGCCCAGCGGUGCGGCGGUCAGUAUUUUUACCCAGGGAUCUGUGCGGCUGUGAGCCCAGUCUUCAGUGUGCAGUCAGCGUUCGCCCCCGCCCUACAGACGUGUGGAGGACCAAUAGACAUUGUUAUUGUAUUGGAUGGCUCCAACAGCAUUUACCCAUGGACACCAAUGAACGACUUUCUCCAAAAGUUGCUACCUGCUCUGGACAUUGGCCCAGGCAGGACUCAGGUGAGUGUGGUUCAGUACGCGGUGGAUGCAGACUUUGAGUUUCGUCUCAGGGACUACAGAACCAAAGAGGAGGUGAUCGCAGCCGCGUCCAGAAUCACACAGCGAUAUGGCCACUCCACCAACACUUUCCAUGCCGUUGAUUUCGCAGUUGACUUUGGGUUCCUCCGGGUGAACGGCGGGCGUCCGGAGGCGGCUAAGAUAAUGGUCGUCGUGACGGACGGGGAGUCACAUGACAGGGCGUUCAGAGACAGAGUCAUCGCCAAAUGCGACGAGAAGAAAAUCACUCGCUUCGGCAUCGCGGUUCUGGGACACUACAUCAGAAACAACUAUGAUACCAGGAACCUCAUCGCAGAAAUCAAGUCCAUAGCCAGCGCUCCCACAGGGAAAUACUUUUUCAACGUGUCUGAAGAGGCAGCUCUGUCAGAGAUUGCUGGCACUCUAGGAAACAGAAUAUUUAACAUAGAGGGUACUGGGAAAGCUGGUGAGAGUUUUCAGAUGGAAAUGGCCCAGGUCGGCUUUAGUGCUCACUAUGCUGUCAAAGAGGAUGUCCUGAUGCUGGGGGCUGUAGGAGCAUAUGCGUGGAGUGGGACAGUUGUCCAUAAAACAGACCAGAAAACCAGUGUCUUUCCCUUCUCCUCUUUCCAGCACGUCCUUCAGGACAGAAACCACAGCUCCCUGCUGGGUUACUCUGUGACCUCUCUGAGAGACAGAGGUGUUGUUUACUACGUGGCCGGUGCACCACGCUCUAAUCACUCAGGACAAGUGAUUGUUUACACGCUGGACACACAGGACACGCCCACGGUGGUCCACUCACAGCGAGGAGAACAGAUCGGAUCGUACUUUGGCAGUGUUGUGUGUGCUGUGGAUGUGGACCAGGAUGACGUGACAGAUGUUCUGCUGGUGGGCGCGCCUAUGUUCAUGAGUGUGAUGAAGAGAGAGCUGGGACGUGUCUACCUGUUCACUGUCACACAGGGCAUUUUGAAUGGGCGUGGCUUUCUGAACGGGCCCGCCCCCUCUGAGGAUGCCCGCUUUGGCACGGCUGUUGCCCCGGUGUCAGAUGUGAAUCUGGAUGGUUUUGGUGACGUGGUGGUUGGAGCCCCUUUAGAAGAGGAUGGCAGAGGAGUUGUCUACGUCUAUAACGGAGACAGGAGAACCAUCCGCUUACAGUACUCACAGAGAAUUCCUGGAUCGAAGUUAGACACGAGUCUCCAGUACUUCGGGAGAUCUUUGGAUGGUGGUGGAGACUUGAACGAUGACGCGAUUCCAGACGUCUCCGUGGGCGCGUUGGGAAAAGCGGUCCAGUUGUGGUCCAGAGGAGUAGCGACCGUGACGGCAGAGGUCACGUUCACCCCUGACAAAAUCGACCUGAGCAGAACUUCCUGCGAUGUGAACGGGCGACGAGUUCUGUGUUUUGACUGCUUCGUAUGCUUUCGCUCAGCGUACAGGCCCAGGUCUGAACUCGGACCUGUGGACAUGUCAUAUAAACUCACUCUGGAUGCUGAUCUUCACUCUUUGCAUGUGAGCUCACGUGGUCUCUUCACUGAAACCAACGAACGAUUUCUACAGAAGGACGUUCGCGUCGGAAACACCCUCUGUUUGACUCAUCAAGUGUAUGUCCAGAAUGCUCCUGACUUUGUGAAUCCCCUGGGAUUGCGGGUGGACGUCAGUGAUCAAAGUUCAGAUUCCAGCCCCGCCCUCAACAUCUUCUCUCCCCACUCCUGGGAGUUCUCCAUUCCCUUUGCCAAACUGUGCGGCUCAGACCUGAUAUGUGUGAGUGACCUGACCCUCCGCGUUAAGACCGGUCCUGAGACGCCAAGUAAAUAUCCAGUGACAGUCAGUUACAACAGUAGAGAAAUCUCGUUUGAGGUUCUGGUGAGGAACCUGAAAGAGAACGCUUACAACACCCAGAUCUUCAUCAAGUUCUCCAGCAACCUGUUCUACGCCUCAGUGACCCCUCCCUCAGAUGGAACUGCAGUUCACUGCUCGUCCUCUGAAGAGGCGGGUACCGUGGUCUGUCGUGUGGGUUACCCGGCACUGAGAAAAGACCAGCAGGUGAAAUUUAUGAUCCACUUUGACUUCAAUCUCUACAAUCCACAGAGCAAAGCUACAGUAGAGUUUGAGGCUAAAAGUGAAGGUCGAGAGGAAAAGCCCAGAGACAACAAAGCCACUGUCAGUAUUCCUCUACGCUACAACGCCGAUGUUCUUCUGACAAAGGAAUCCACUCUAGACUUUUAUGAGGUGAGUAAAAACGCAUCAGCCAAGAGCUUGGUGAAAAACUUUGAGGACAUUGGCCCAGAGUUUAAAGUCAGUCUAAAGGUCUCGACGGUGAAUUUCCCCGUCAGUCUGGUCUAUCUCACCGUCUCUGUGCCAGUGAAAACCCUGGGGAACAACCCACUGCUCUACAUCACGGGAGUCAGCACUCAGACAAGCGGCGUGGUGACCUGUAGCACCACUGGUCUGAUUGACACCCUGCAGAUCGAGAAGAAGCCACACAAAGUCUCCUUCUCUAGGGAGAGUUUCAGAGGAAUAAAGACACUAGACUGUAAAAGUGCUAAAUGUUCAGUGCUGAAAUGUGUGAUUGGCAGCAUGAGGAAGAAGACUGACUAUUUUAUAAACAUGACGAUGAGGAUUUGGAACAGCACCUUUGUCUCAUCGACGUUUGAGUCGACGGUGCUGACCGUCAAUGCGGAUAUACAGACGUCUCAGCCGAACCUGCUCUCUCUCGCUCUUAAACACACGCAGGUAACUGUGCAGGUGACGAUCAGAAAGCUGGGGGAGAAGGCUGACCUGCCCAAGGGCGUGAUUGUGGGCAGUGUGAUUGGAGGCCUGAGCAUUCUACUGCUCACCAUUGGACUGCUGUGGAAGUUGGGCUUCUUUAAGAGGAAAUACAAACAGCUUCAGAAGGAGGCAGAGGAGGAGAUGCAGGAUGAGAGAGAACAGGACGAAGGUCUUUGA